CUCCAUUUCGCCCAUGUCCUGCUAAUCUGCAUGUUGCAUGCACCUUGUCUUCUCUCUCUCCAACUCCACGUGUCCUUCCCCCUCUCCUACGCGUGUCCCCUUUUUACAUCUCAUCAUCACCCUUCUUUUUGUCUCCUACCCUCGCCUCCAAAAUUAAAUACUCUCAAACAAUUUCAUCAUCCAAAAACCCUACCGAAAAUCUUGCAUAUCUCUCUACAGAUUACUAGCUUAAGUUUAUCAUCCACUGAGAUAAUCAUGUGAUCAAGCUUACUCAACUAAUUUCAGGGUCUUACUAGAUGGAGGAAAUCGAAGAAAUAGAUCCUGGUGAUGAAGAGGAGUAUUGGAAGAUUCAAGAUUUCAAAAAUUACUCAAAAUUCUAUGAAAGCAAUAGCAAGUUAAGCCGGAUAUGGAAAAGAGGGGUAAGUAUAGGGAAGAAAAUGGUGGUAACAGGUGCCGUGGUCUCGUCUGCCUCCUUUGUUCUUCCUCCUCUUGUAGUUUUGUCUGCUAUAGGGGUUGCAUUUUCUGUUCCCGCUGGCUUUGUGAUUGUCUCAUAUGCAUGUGGUGAGAAGCUUUUGAACACUUUGCUGCCUAUGCCUUUGGCACUUCCUUAUGAAGGAAAUGGGCCAAUGUACAGUGAUGAGUCAGGAGAGUACAUCGUUUAUGGAGAUGAUGUUGACAACGGAUAUGAAGGGGAUGAGGACAUUCAAUUGGAAGAAGACCUUAGAAAGGGGAUGGAAAUGAGGAUUGAAUUGGCUGAGGAAAAUAAUAAAGAGAUUGAAAAUCAUGAACAAUAUGCCAACGAGGAUGAACUAGAUAAAAUGUCAUCAAAAGUGAGUGAGAUUGUUGAAGAAUGGGGAUAUGAGGAAGAUCUUGGGGAGUACAAUGAGGAUGAUGAGCAACCCUUAAAUUCAAAAAUGAUUCCCGAGAUACUAAAAGGGAUUGAAGAGGCAGAAAAUGAGAUUUCUUUAAUAAAGAAAGAAGAGGGUGAGAUGCCAAAAGAUUCAUUGAAGGCAGUUGUAGUGGAGGCCCAAGUAGGUUCGGAGAAUGAGAACAAUGUUGAAGAAGUAACAGAAGACAUGGCCUUUGUAGGUGGGGAGGAUGAGAGUAGUGUUGAUCAAAUUAGGGGGUAUGAGUCUCUUGGGGAGUACAUAGAGGAUGAGGAGCAACCUUCAGAUUCAAAAAUAAUAGCUGAGUUACUAGAAGGGAUCCAUGACGAGGAGAAUGAGAUUUCUUUUAUGGAGAAAGAAGAAUAUGAAUUCCCAAGGGCAGUUGUAGAAGCUCAAGUAGGCGGGGAGAAUGAGAAUAAUGCUGAACACAUAAUGGAAGACAUGGCCUUUGCAUCACCAAGAAACAUAGAAGAGUACAAGGGAAAUUCGACUGGCAUAGAAGAGGAAGAGUUAGAUAGGGAGAUGUCAGGAUUGAUUAAAGAAAUGAGUGAUGAGGGUAUAGAUAAUCAGAAAAGAAAACACAGUCCAGCAGAGGAAACACAUGAAGAAAAUGAGGAAUUUGGAAGAGCUCUCAUAAAGGAUAUGUCUCAAGAAAAGGGAAACAUGAAUCUCACUAUCAUUCCCAAGAAGGUCAAAGAGGCAGAGAAUGAGAUCUCUUUAAUGGAGAAGAAAGAGAGUGAGAUGCCAAGAGAUUCAUUAUGGGCAGUUGUAAUAGAGGCUCAAGUAUCUGAGGAGAAUGAUAACUAUGUUGAACAAGUAAUGCUAGAUAUGGCCUUUUUAGGCGGGGAGAGUGAGAACAAUGUUGAACAAGUCAGGGGUUAUGAGGAAGAUGUUGGGGAGAAAAUGGAGGAUGAGGCAGAGAAUGAGAUACUAGCAGGGAUCAAAUGGGCCGAGAAUGAGAUUUCUUUAAUUGAGAAGGAUGAGAGUGGGAUGCCAACAAAUUCAGUAAGAGCAGUUGUACUAGAGGCUCAGGUUAGUGGGGAGAAUGAGAAUAAUAUUGAACAAGUAACAGAAGAUGUGGCCGUUAUCAUACCAACAAUAGAGGUAGAAAAGGACAAUAGGUGCAGGGGAAAUGAUGCUGGUUUAGAAGAGGGCGAACUAAGAAGGGAGACAACAGGAUUAAUUGAAAAGAUUAGGGAUGAGGGUAAAAAUGACUGGAAAAGAAAAGACAGUCCAGAAAAGGAAGCACUAGAAGAAAAUGAGAAAUCUGAAAAAGGAUCCGUGAAAGAUGUGUCUGAUGAGAUGGGAAACAAGGACCUUACUGUCAUUCUUGAGAAACCUAAGCUAACCAUCAGUGACAAGGGAAUGAUACAAGGCCGCAAAAGUGAUACAAGUAUUGAUGUUGAUGAGAGUGGAUUAAUGUAUGAAGAGCCAAGAUCUUCUGGUCGAAACCAGCUAGUGGUAAAUGUGAAGGAUGAUGAAAAUUGUAUUGCCACUGAGGUUCAUCAAGGGAUCAGUUCGGAUAAUCUAGGAACUUCAGUUCUUUCCAAUAAAGACAGAGAAAUGACCGGUGAAAGCGGGUUUUAUUGUUCAGACAUUGGAACUGAAGAGCCCGAUCAAUUUGCAGAUUCAUUUGACAUAGUGCCUGAAGGGGAUGAUGUAUCUUUGAAUAAAGAGGUUGAAGUACCUGUUGAUUAUCGUGAGGUUGUGAUUGAAUCACUCCCUGUGUCUGAAACUACGGAAACUGCACCGGAUCAAGGAACUGCUUCUUCUGAUAAGGUUAAACUGGACGAGGAUAAGAUAUGGGAGCAAAUCAAUGCGAUGCGAACCAUUGUGGGUUACAAGGAUGCUCCUCACUUUUCAUGUGCCGAGGAGCUAAAGGCACUUUAUGUGUUUACAGGGGUCGAGCCACCAGCCACAUGCAAGGGCCCUGCCGAUCUAGCAGAUAUCAACGAAAAUCUCCACUUUCUAAUGUCUAUAGUUGGCGUCAAGUAGAUUGUUUUACUUAAUUAGGUAGUUAAACAUUUUCCCUUUUGGAAUUGUAUAUUUGUUCUUGACGACUUUGGAAUAUUCUUGUGCUUCAAGUUAGUGUAGUGUUAGUUUGUUGUGAGAUUACAAAAUGUAGCAGGUUGCUUGCUUAGUGUUUUUAUUGUAAGAGUGGACGAAAAUUCAUCACAUCACAUUGUUAAGGUGUAAGUGCAUGUGUAUUGUCAUUUGUCAGCUAAAAAAUGAACUAUAGAGCACAACUUUAAUGGGAAAGUAUAUUAGCAUGUUAUUAUUA